GUAAUAUGCCGGCGGCGUGGGAACUGUCAAAAUCAAGCUUUAUUGUACGGAAAUUUUAUAAUCAUUAUAUUUACUAAAUACUGCUUAAAAUUCUUCGAAAAUGGUCGAAAAUAAUGAAAUGGAGUUGUCUGAAGCUGAGGCUGAACAAUAUGAUCGCCAAAUACGUCUAUGGGGCCUAGAAUCUCAAAAAAGAUUACGUGCAUCAAAAGUAUUAAUAAUUGGUCUAUCUGGUCUUGGUGCUGAAACCGCUAAGAACAUAAUUUUAUCUGGAGUCAAAAGCGUUUGCCUUUUAGAUAAUGAAAAGUUGAAGGAAAUUGACUUGUACUCUCAGUUUUUAGCACCUCCAGAUAAAGUCGGUGAAAAUAGAGCAGAGGCGUCGUUACAGAGAGCAAGAGCCCUGAAUCCAAUGGUAGACGUUACAUCAGAAACUAAAUCUGUGGAUGAAUUACCAGAUGAAUAUUUUACAGCAUUUGACAUAGUUUGUGCAACUGGAUUAAAACAAGAACAAUUAGAACGUAUUAACAACGUUUGCCGUGAUAGCAACAAGAAAUUCCUCUGUGGCGAUGUAUGGGGAAUGUAUGGGUAUAUGUUUGCUGAUCUCGUCGAUCAUGAGUACUCGGAAGAAAUAGUUCAGCAUAAAGCCGUGAAACGCGGGCCUGACGAUACAGAAAAGAAUGCUAGAGAAACCGUAACCAUCACAGUGAAACGGCGAGCUAUUUAUGUGCCCUUGCAAAACGCUUUAUCUGCAGAUUGGACGAAGCCAGAGUUACGGUCACGUUUGCGCCGUGGAGAUCCCUCAUACUUUGUUAUGAAAAUUCUACUGCGCUUCAGAGAUGAGUAUAACCGCAACCCAGAUCCAGCUAAGAGGAGAACUGAUACAGAAAUAUUACUGCGUAUGCGUGAUGAACUUGUAAAGGAGUUGUCACUCCCUGUUGGAUUUAUCAGUGAUGCUUUAUUGACAGAUGUGUUUGGUACAGUCUCGGGGGCUGCCGCUGUGGUGGGUGGUGUUAUUGGCCAAGAGGUAGUAAAAGCGGUCAGCCAACGUGAACCUCCGCACAACAACAUGUUUUUCUUUAACCCUGUGAAGUGUGUUGGUUUUGUAGAACUUUAUGGUCAAUGAAUAAACCUUGUAGAAUGUAAGCAGUAUAAUAAAUAUAAGAUUAAUAAUUCAUUAAGUACAAA